AUGGCUGAGCAGAAUUCUACUUUAAAUGCUUCUUUGAACGCCACUGAGGCUCAAAAUGUUACGGCAAAAGUUCCGGCGACCCCAGAGGGAAUGGCCUUAGCGUAUUUUAGUUUGGUGGCCAUGGCUUUGCUGCCUAUUUUUUACGGAUCGUACAGGUCUGUGAAGUUCCAUACUGAACAAAAGAAAUCCGGAACCCCCACUGAAACAAUGUCUAGCAAGGAUGCUGCCAUGUUUCCCAUUAUGGCCAGUGCAGCUCUCUUCGGCCUCUACAUCUUUUUUCAGAUCUUUUCAAAAGACCACAUAAACAUGUUGCUAACUGUUUAUUUCUUCUUUCUUGGUGUGCUUGCCCUAGCUCAUAUUCUGAGUCCAAUAGUGCAUAGGUUGGUUCCAGCAUGGCUGAGCAAUUAUGAAUUCGACACAAAGGAUCUGGUGUGCUUGGUGAUUUGCUGUGCCAUUGGUCUUUGGUAUCUUAUCAAAAGGCAUUGGAUUGCCAAUAACCUGUUUGGGCUUGCAUUUGCAUUGAAUGGUAUUGAAUUCCUUCAGCUGAAUAGAAUCAGUACUGGAUGCAUCUUACUCGGGGGACUAUUUUUUUAUGAUAUUUUCUGGGUGUUUGCUACUGACGUCAUGGUGACGGUUGCCAAGUCAUUUGAAGCUCCUAUUAAAUUGGUUUUCCCUCAAGAUCUUCUAGAAAAUGGUCUAGAUGCCAAGAACUUUGCUAUGUUAGGUCUUGGGGAUAUUGUAAUUCCAGGAAUUUUUAUUGCUCUCCUACUUAGGUUUGACGUCAGUGUCCACCAAGGCAAGCGUACUUACUUCUACUCUGGCUUUGUUGCUUACUUCCUAGGACUAGUCGCAACUGUCUUCGUUAUGCACUACUUCAAACAUGCUCAGCCAGCUCUCUUGUAUUUAGUACCAGCCUGCAUUGGCUUACCACUAUGUGUUGCACUCCUUAAGGGAGAGCUGCAGCUAAUGUUUAGUUACGAAGACAACCCGGAAAAAAAGAAUGAAGCCCCAACUGAUGGAGAGAAGAAAGAAGAAAUUACAAAAGAUAAAUAAUAAUAACAAUUAUUAUUAUUAUUAUUAUUAUGCUAGCGUUCACUGUUGCAAUUGUUGUUGCUCGUGUUGUUUUUGUGUUAUGGUUGAUUUCAGUUUCCUUUCAUUUGAGAAAUAUUGUAUGUAUGUAUAUGUGUACAUGUGUAUAUAUAAGUACAUGUGCACAUACGUGUGUGUACGUAUAUGUCCGUAUGUAUAUAUAUAUAUAUAUACAUGUGUGUAUGUAUAUAUAUAUAUAUAAUAUAUAUAUUUAUAUAAUAUAUAUAUUGUAUUGUAUUAUAUUAAUUUUUAUUAUUAAAAUAUUAUAAUUAAUAAUUUUUAUUGCGAAUUUGAAGAAGGAAGUGUUUUUUGUUAUAUGGAUAAAUUUAAUUUUUUAAUGGUUGUGGAUUUUUUAAAAUAUAUGUAUAU